AUGGGCGAGGCGGCCGUUUCUGUUGAGGUUGUUCAGCCGAAGCCGUCGAGAUUUCAAUUUGUGCCCGUUCCCGGUGAAUUCACACGAGGACGCUGGAAAUGCCGUGACUCAGUGGGACCAUACGCCGAAACUUUGGAAUUUGAUAAAGGCGGAUCGAAAGAGAAAAAACCGAAUCCGAAUAAGAUUACGGUAACUCGGAAAUUAGUGCGGUCGGUCGGCAAGGAUGAGCUGCCGGCGACAGCGUCGAAUGCUGAUAACGCUGAGAAGGAGUUUAUGAAGGAGAAUGUGGUGAUCACGCGUAAGAAUGGCGUCACGAUUGUACGAAAAUCGUCCGGAAGCGCAUCGCCGGUGAACAUGGAAUUCGAUCACGUCAAACAGAUCGCGUUGGAGCAACUCGGCGCGAUGGUGUCGAACAGGGAGAUGGGAUCGGUGGUGCCGCCGACGCCGAUGAACACGCCGCCGUCAACGAUCUCGCAGCCGGGUGUUAUCGCCGGAAUGAUAACCGAAUCGAUUCCGUUUGCUAGUCAAUCCACAGCGGGGUGUAGUAAUCAGAAGGCGAAAAAUUUCCAGGUGCAGCCGGUGGUGACCGAGAAUCAGCCGCCGGUUCGAAAAUUCUCGCAUGAUAGCGCAAAACUUCAGCGAUCGAAUAGCUCGAUGAUGGCGAAUGUCGAUGUUUCGCAAACGUAUUCGGAAAAUAUGGGAUCGAAGCCGAAAAUUUUUCAAGUUCAAACCGUUCCGGAAAGCGAAUUAUCGGCUAAUAGUACACCAGCACAGAGUUCUGCGGACGUUAGUGUUGAGCAGCCGAAAUCGAAGAAAUUCCAAGUCGAAGUCGUCAAAAAUGCGAUGGAGACGACGAAAAUUGAAAUCGUGGAAAACGCUUUGGAAUCGGCGCAUAAAGCGCUCGAAAUUGAUACGAGAGAGUCCGCCGGCGGCAACGUGGAUGCGGGUUUGAGUAGAUCGAUAAUGAUUACAGUCUCGCCAUCGCCGGUCAAACGAUCAGAAUUGGACAAUAAUAAUUCGAUCAACAACUCAACGAUGACCACCACUGAGAAUAAUAUGGAAUCGAUUCGCGAGGUGGCGAGCAGUGUUAGCAGCAUUGAGGCUUGUGGAAUUCCGAUUACACCGUCGCCAAACGCGCCACAUUCAACGCCAUAUGGAACGCCAAAGGACACUGGUUUGCCGAAAUUGCCGUUAUUGAAUACCGAUGAGCCGAACUCGGUGAUAACGGUGACCGAGGCGAGUCUGACCCCUCACCUCAUGCCGAUCGACAACAAAAUCGAACAAGCGAUGGAACUUGUGAAGACCCAUUUGACAUAUGCGGUGCGCGAGGAGAUCGACGCAUUGAAAAGUAAUAUCACCGAGCUUGAAUAUCAGCUACGCGAAUACCAAUAUGAAUGCAACUUCUAUCGGCAGAAUGUUAGUCAGGAAAUGAUCGAUCAAGCUGGCGCGUUCGUUCGCCAGCAGAUGCAGAAGCAUCCAAUGCCGACACGCCGUGCGGUCAGCGUCGCCGGAAUGUAUGUCGACGGCGGAGCGGCCUCGUCGAACAUGGCGAGCAACAGUCAUUCGUCGCCGCAUAUGCGCAAUUUGCAAACGCAAAUUCAACAAAUCAAGGUGAAAUUUUAUGGAAUGACGAUUACUGUGCUUAUGGUGGCUGAGAAGCCGAUGCUCGCAGAAUCGAUCGCCAAGCUUCUCUCUGAUGGAAAAGCGACGAAACGGAAAGGUUGGAACAAUGCGUGCUCGGUCAGCGAAUAUUCGGGUAAUUUUCUCGGCAAAAAUGCUUGGAUCAAAGUCACCAGCACCUGCGGACAUGUCAUGAGUUUGGAUUUUCCGUCGAAAUUCAAUAAUUGGGAGCGCGUCGAUCCGUCGGAACUCUAUUCAGCGCCGACGAACAAAAUUGAAGCAAAUCCGAAAAUGAAAAUGAACGAUUACCUCGCUUCUGAAGCCAAAAACGCCGACUAUCUGGUUUUGUGGCUCGAUUGCGACAAGGAAGGCGAAAAUAUUUGCUUUGAAGUCAUUGAAGCUGUUAGAAGCACAAUGUUCAAGUCGAAACAAAAUUAUAUGGAUUAUAUUUAUAGGGCUAAAUUUUCGGCAAUCACAGAAAAAGACAUCAAAGCGGCUAUGCGAAAUCUUGGAAGACCUGAUAAGAAUAUAUCAUUGUCGGUGGAUGCUCGACAAGAGCUUGAUUUGAGAAUUGGAUGCUCUUUUACGCGAUUUCAAACUAAAUUUUUCCAGGGAAAAUAUGGCGAUCUCGAUAGCAAUGUCAUAUCGUAUGGCCCUUGUCAGACGCCGACACUUGGCUUCUGUGUGACGCGUCAUGAUCAAAUUGUGCAAUUCAAGCCCGAAUCGUAUUGGGUUAUUAGAAGCUCGUGGGUGUGCGGCGACGCGCCGCCCAUAUCACCGGAAUGGUCUCGCGGUCGAAUUUUCGACGUCGACGUCGCGAAAUUUUUUCUCGAUCGCAUCAAACGCACGAAAAUCGCCCACGUUGUUGAUGUUGCGAAGAAGGAGGCGAGGAAGGAGAAGCCGUGCGCAUUGAACACAGUCGAGCUGAUGAGGGUGGCGAGUAGCUCGUUGGGAUUGAGUCCCGCCACAACAAUGCAUGUCGCCGAAGCUUUAUACACUCAGGGUUAUAUUUCGUAUCCAAGAACUGAAACCACCGCCUAUCCAUUGAGUUUCGAUCUUGUUGGGACCCUUCGGACCCAAACGAGCAAUCGGAAAUGGGGAGAAAUUGUGAAUCAGGUUCUUGCUGAAGGCAUCAAGAAGCCGAAAGGUGGCGUUGAUAAAGGUGAUCAUCCGCCAAUUACCCCAAUGAAGCCAUCGAAUGGCCAAUUAUCGGGAGAUCACGCGAGGAUUUAUGAUUAUGUCGCUCAACACUUCAUUGCUACUCUCAUGAAACCCUGCAUUUAUGAGAUAACCACUGUCAAAAUCAAAUGCGGGGAUGAGACAUUCGCGAUUCAGGGAAAAUCAGUGGUCGAGUCUGGAUUCACCGCAGUGAUGACAUGGAUGGGAAUUGACGAGGAAUCGACGAUUCCGGUGGAGAUAAUGAACAAAGGGGCGCAGAUGACGUUGAAAGACGCCGAAUUGUCGGCGAGAGAAACGUCGCCGCCUGGCUAUUUGACCGAAUCGGAGCUCAUUUCGCUGAUGGAAAAACACGGAAUCGGCACGGACGCGUCAAUUCCGGUGCACAUCAACACAAUCACGCAGAGGAAUUAUGUGACAGUUGAGAGCGGACGGAGACUUGUGCCAACCAAACUCGGGCAGUGUUUGGUUAGAGGAUACUGGAAGGUGGAUCCUGAGCUCGUACUACCCACCAUGAGAGCCGAGCUUGAGACUCAGCUCAAUUUGGUGGCGAGUGGAAAGGCUGAUUAUUAUGAGGUGAAAAACCACGCGCUUAAAAUGUUCGAGUUGAAAUUCCAAUAUUUCGUAAAAAACAUCCCGCUCGUCGACACACUCUUCGAGGCCUCGUUCACCACACUAUCGGCGUCGGGAAAGCCAUUCACGCGUUGCGGCAAAUGUCAACGCUAUAUGAAGUUGGUCGAGACGCGUCCGCAACGUUUGUUUUGCCCGACGUGUCAGGAUACGUAUGCGGUGCCGAACGCGAAGGACGGCGUGUUGCGGAUAAUGGGCGAUGCGAAAUGUCCGCUUGAUGGAUUCGAGCUUGUCUAUUGGCAGGGCGCCGGCGGAAAAUUGGCUCGAAGCUACCCGCUAUGCCCGUUUUGCUACAAUAAUCCGCCGUUUGAGAAUAUGCCGGAAGCGAGCGGAUGCAUCAGUUGUCCGCAUCCAUCUUGUCCGAAUUCCUACAAUGGUGUCGGUGUUUGCGGAUGCCUGCAGAAUUGCGGCGGUGUGAUGGUCGUCGAUGUUCAAUCGCAUCCGAAAUGGCGGCUCACGUGCAACAAAUGCGCGUCGGUUAUUGCGCUAUUCGACGGGGCUCAAAAAAUUCGCGUCAAUAAUGAUCGAAGUUGCACGGAAUGCGGAGCGCAAUUUAUUCGAGCCGAAUAUAAGACGGCUGGAUCGAAUCCGCUGAAUGGUGCCGCGUCGUUCGAAGGUUGCAUUUUUUGUGAGGCGAGCUCGAAAUAUCCGGACGCCAUCAAUCUCAAUCACGCCUAUUUAUCCGAGGAAGCCAGAGAUCGAAAUAUUCAUUCUGGGCGAGGAAGAGGGCGAGGAAAAGGGCGUGGAAGAGGAGGUGGUGGGCGUCGAGGGAGAGGAUCUACGGGAAGAGGAAGAUAG